AUGGGUCCCCAGCGUCGACUUGGCAUAUACGUUGGGUUUGAUUCACCGUUGAUUAUUAGGUUCUUGGAACCAAUGACGGGUAAUUUAUUUAUCGCUGAAUUUGCGGAUUGUCAUUUUGAUGAGACAUUAUUUAUACCGAUUGGUAAGGAUAUUCAGAAUAUCCGUGAUAAUGAUAAACAAAAACCAAUCGAGAAUCUCACAUGGUGUGAGCAACGCUUAUCUCAUCUCGACCCACGUACCUCUGAAUGUGAAAAUGAGAUCCAUAGAAUCAUUCAUUUACAAAAUAUUGCCAAUAGACUUCUUGAUGCAUUUAAUGAUUCCAGUAAAGUCACGAAGUCUUAUAUUCCAACUGUGAAUGUGUCAGCUAGGAUCGCUGUUCCUGAAGAACAUGCGAAAAUGAAUGAUGAUCCCCACGACAAAAACGGGGUAGACCAAUUGGAUCAAAGGACGUUGUUCCUAGAAAAAAGAAAGGGGAAAAUUGAUGAACCCUCGAAUCAAGUGGUUCCUAGUGAGAAUGCUCCAAAUGAAUCUGUUGAGCCUGAUAUUGAAUAA